GUACAAUUUAUUUAAUAACUACUCAGAUUUAUGUGACUGAGAUAGUUACAUAAAUUUUGCUUGAAUUAACGUAUAUAUAUUUUUUACAUAAGGUUAUGUUUCUGGAUACAAAAUGGUUCAUUCAAACGAAGCAUCAAAUAAACCAAUACUUUAUGAAUUGUUAGAAUAUUUUGUUCGGAAACAAGAACCAGAACUAAUAAAAUGCAAAAAUGACACUGUAAUAUUACCAACAACUGGCACAAUAAAAAAUGCUCUAAGAUAUUUAAACAACAGAUACUCUUUGCCAGAAAGCAUAUCUCAACAGAUCAGUCUUACGUUGCCAUGGAAGUUUGCAAUUAGUGACAGUGGACGAUUACUUGCAGUCUUGCAAGAGACUGUAAUAGAAAUACGGAAAGCAAAAGAUGAGUACUCGUCAAUUGUUGGGAAAGCUUCUGUACCAAAAGAUGCUUUUCCUCAAUGGCGAAAAGUUUCAUGGAGUCCAGAUGGAACACUUUUAGCACUGGCAUCUAGCAAUGGUCAUACUUCCUUUUACAAUGCUCUGGGAAACAAUGUUUUUAAUAUUAAUCCAAAAGCUAUUUCUCAGAAUCCUCAUAUCUUAGAAGCUGGCGAUGCAAUAGUUUCUAUGAUAUUUCUGAAACCAAGAACAAAAUCAGACAAAUGGUCUUAUGAAUUUAUGUUAAUCACAUACAGUGGCUUACUCAGAUCGUACCAUAUUUCGCCAACCAAUGGGUUUGAAGCCAAUUAUGAAUUCUCUUUUGGUAAUUUUUAUAAAAACGGAAUAAAUGCUGUUACUUAUGAUGAAAAACAUCACUUAUUUUAUGUUGCUGGAAAUACAAUCACUCAAAGAUUAAUGUCAACAGCUUCAGAAAGUGGUUUAACAUCAUGGCGUCCUUUAAAUGACUAUCCAUAUUGCAAAUUGUCUUUUGGCUUUGAAGAUGAAUCAAAAAUAAAGUCUAAAUUUUCUAUAUGGAAUAUUAUUCCAACAUUGAAUUUACAACCAGAAUCAAUCAUAUUUAAAAUAAAAAUCUCUCCAAAUAGCAAAUUUUUGACAUGUUUACACACUGAUGGGUCAAUAUCAUUGUGGAGUUUACCUAAUUUAUUGAUACAAAAAAAAUGGAAGUUGUCAGAGCAACCAGAUUUUAAUAUACCUAAUCCAUUAGGGCCUGCAAAAUCAAAAAAAUUUCCACCAAAUGUAACUGAAUUUCAUCCAUUAGAUAUUGGCUGGUGGUCUGAGGAGGCAAUUAUAAUUGCAAGAUAUUCUGGAUCAACUUCUGUUUGCUGUACACAAAACCUAAAAAAUCUAUUAGGAACAAGUCCCGAAUUUUUAGCAGGGCAACCACAAAUAUGUGAACUUGGUCCAGAACGAGGAUUUUUGUGUCUGGAUUGUGAAACAUUUAUAACAAGUAAAAAAAGGACUAGAGAGUCUAAUGCAGAGGGUCAAAUAUCAGAAGUCUCGUCAGAAAGUGAAGAAGAAGAUGACGAUGAAUUAGAACCAGUUAGCAUAUUAAAUUAUACUACAAAUUUAAUGCAAAGUACCUUAUACUCUAUAACCGACAUUGAAAGGUUUCAACCUAAAAGAAAAAAGUCAAGGGUGUUGUUCAGAACAUAUAGAAUUCUUGGCCUUAAAAGUACAACACCUGAAGAACUGUAUUCACGAAAAAUUGAUAUAGAGGAAUAUGAAGAAGCAUUGGUAUUAGCAAAUAUGUAUAAUUUAGAUACAGAUUUGGUGUAUCAGACACGAUGGCGAAAAUCUGAAUUAUCCUUGAAUGCUAUUCAUGAACAUUUGAGUAAAGUAUCAAAAAGAUCUUGGGUGCUACACGAAUGUAUUACGCGGGUACCAGAUACCAUUGAAGCAGCAAGGGAAUUAUUAAAUUUUGGACUAAAAGGUGCUAAUUUAGAAACAUUAGUAGCAAUCGGAACUUACGACGAUGGAAAAUUUAUGAUGAUGGACGAUAUAGAUGAAGAUUGGAAUGAUAUGGAUGAAGCUGCCAUAAGUUUAAGACAAGUACAAAAAGUAAAUCAGCUACUCGAAAAAGUUGAUAUAAAAAAUUUAUCAGAAGCUCAAAAGGACUUAAUUAAAUAUAGAAGAAAACUUCUAGAUCAUUUGGAUAAACUACUUACAUAUGAAAUCAUUCUGGGAUCUUCAUUAAAAUAUGAUAAAACAUUUUACGAAGAAUUUCGACAACUUUCAACAAUUGAAAAUGCAGUUAGAUUUGCAAAAAAUGGUGACUGGCAAGGGGUUGAAAUUAUGUUUACAUAUCAUGGUGAGAAUUUGCUAUCUCAUUGGCUAGCAAUUAUUAGUUUUUUCCCAGAAACAUUAAAUCCGUUGAAGUAUAAAAAGCUUUUACCAGAAUGUGAUACCGACGGUCAAUUGUUUUUAUUUGAUCAACGAGAAUUGCGACAGAAAGACUGGUCUGAAAAAACUGAAUUCCAUGAAGUAAUUAAUUUAGAAAAUGAUGACACAUCAAAAGUACUUUACGAAGACGAUCCAUCACUAUCUGUAUACAGAGAUACAUUGCUGACACCAGAAUUAUUGCGACAAUGGUACGAAUCGCGAGCUUAUGAAAUUGAAAGACAUAGUUGCAUAGUUGAUAAUGCUUUGCAACUAAUAAAAAUUGCUAAAUCACAUAACAUUCCUGGUCUAGAAAAUCUUCUGCUAGAUUUAGAAACUUUAGAUGAUCUCAUUUAUAAAGUUUACCUAGAAGAUUUAUCUCUAGAUCAAUUGCAAAAAUUGUCCAAUUUAGAAAAGAUCAAGUUACUAAUGAGCAAAACUACUGAAAGAAGUUUCGUCGAUGAUAUCAACAAUUUUUUACUGCCGUUUAUAAAAAGAAGACAUCAAUAUCUGGGUGGAGAAUUACAAAGACAUCUGUUCAGCGACUACUUAAUAUGUAUUAGUAAAGAUGACCUAAAACUACCGGUCAAACUUUUUGAGUAUUUGAAGCUAACUCGUGAUGAUGAAAUUCUUCAAAUGAUAGAAGACCUUGUCACUCUAGCAUUGGACUGUAUAUACGCUUGCAAUGAUUCUAAUAUGUACGAAAAAGCAACAUAUAUUGUAGAUUCUAUUGCUAAAGACCGUGAAGGGAAAAGAAACAGUGCGAUAUAUACACUACUCGAAGAACUUGAUAGAGAACUUGUAUGUACAAAAAUCUUAAACCAAUAUGGAGUUAAAACCACCUUAAGUACAUUACGUAAAAACAAAAGCAAUCCUGAAGCUGCUAAAGAAUUAUUAGUUGAAAUGGCAAGAAGUUUGAACAAAUUAACUCCACCUCCAGACGAGAAACAAUGGGCUCAUUUAUUAAAUGGAAUGCUUGAAAUUCAUGGUUUGAUUUUCUCAUGCGUUGAUAUAGAAGCAUGUUUUGAAAUCUGCGUAUCCGCACGUUUAGUAUCGGGAGUUAAAUCGAACAUUCAAAAUUGUGGUGUUUUGAUUGAAACUAAGAAAAGUGUACAAUCUUUGGUGAGGGUAUCUUAUGAAAGAGCAGUAAAUUUAAUUUUAGAUGCCAGCAAAGAAUAUUUUAAUAGCUCAAAAUCUCUUACUGAUGUAAAUAUGGAACUAGCUAGAACGUGUCUUCAUUUGAUCGCAGACGAUAAUCCCAAAAUUAAAGAAGAAUACGACCUUAUUAAUUCGCUUCAAAUUUUAAAUGAAUUCAACAUUGAUAUUCUACCACUUCAAGUCCGGUUAAUGCAAGACAGAUUAAAAUUAAUAGAGGACUGUUUAAAUAGUCGAGAGGAUGCUCACAAAAGUCGUCAAAGGUUAUUGACUUUAGCAAGUUACCUACGAAUCGAGAAAAACAACAGUAGAUCACGAGAAGGAAAAGUUCUGGAAUUAAUAGCAAAGAAAGCACUUCAGCUUAAGGAUUUUUCUGUUUGUGCUGCUACUUGUCAGCAAUUAAUGCAGAACAAUUACAUUCCUGCUUGGACAGUUGCUUUAGAUUUAGGAUUUUGUGAAGAUUACGAAGAUUUAAAAACUAGACAAAAAUGUCUGUGGUUUGCAAUAAACAACGGACCUAGUGAAAUGUUGAGUAAAGCAUUAGAUCAAAUACAUUUAAUAGAAAUACAAAUGCUGCAUAAAAAUUUGGAAUUGUGGAUACCCCCUGAUGAAUCUGAUGAUUAUAAUGAUGCUGAUAGCGAAGAUGAAUUUAUAGAUGCAUUAACAACUCCACAGGUAGAAACAAAGGAAUUCGUUCCAAAAGUAUUAGAAGCUUCUACUGAAAUAGUAAAAACUUCUGCAAAUAUUAUGAAAGAUUCAACGUUCGGAUUAAUUAAGAAUAUAAGUGAUACAAAUUUUUGGAAAUCUAGAUUAAAAAUUAACUUCACAAAUAAUUCAGGCAAUAAUAUAGAAUAUGAUAACACAGCACACCAUGAAAAUGAUGACAAUGUGCAAAGUUUUCCAUGUUUUUAUGAACGUUUACAUGAAAAAUGUAAAGUUGGUGAUCUUGAAAGUAAAUAUACAAGUUAUUCAAUGCCAGAUAUACAAAACACUAGACUAAAAUGCUGCCGUGCUUUUUUGAGAGUAGCUAUGUUAAGCGAGUCAUCUUGUUAUGGAUUGGAAACGAGUGAUAUUAAUCAUUUAUUUCUAGAAUGUGCGAAGUAUACUAUGCAAGAGGAUUGGUUGUUAGGUAUAUGUUAUUUAUUUAGUGUACAAAAAGAUUAUGUGAAAGAGGUGCAAAAUGUUUUAAUGGAAUUACCUCAAACGGAAUUAUACACUCAGACUGCAAUAUAUUAUUACUGUUUGGAGUUGCAUAAAAGUUUAUAUAAAGAUUUUAAAAAUCUAUAUUUAUUUAGUCCAUUAAGUUUAAUAUGGAAAGUGAUAAACGUAACACAUAAGUGUAAAGAGUCUGAGAUUUAUGAAUGUUUUAAAUACUGGCAAACACGUUUAUUUAAAAAUCAUGGAAUAGAAGAUAUUCAGUUAUCAGAAUCACAUCAAAUAAUUGAAGAUUACAACAAAGUGGAAGACUAUCCAAAUAAAGGAGAAUCUGAUAAUGAAUUUAUUCAGAAUACAAAUUCGAUUAUAACGGAAUCAAACAAUCAAGAAAUAUCAAUUCAAAAUUCAGAUUCAAAACAAGAUUUAUCUGAGUCCAGCGUUAACCAUGAUGUAGAAUGGACAGACGACUGGGGCAAUUUUUCUGACGAAGAAAUAGUCGAAAACAUUGAGGACAAAACACAUAUUCUUCAACCAGAAUUAAAUACAGAUAAUAGUAUUUCACUGUUCAAGGAUAUUGGUAAAUGCCCAACAGAGGAAGAUCGCUUUGAAGCUUUUGAAAAGGUAUUCAAUAAAAUACGAAAUUCUAAUAAUUUUUACGAAGUAAAAAGAAUAUUAUUACAAUGGCCAAGCUUUGAAAAUUCGGAAUAUACACAAAUUGACAAACAUCCGAUCUUACGAAUGAUGAAAAUACUUAAUGUAUACAUAAAGGAAGAAGGUAAAGACAAGGAUAAACAAGUUUUUCAAGAAUAUAAAGAAUUAAUAGAAAAAUUAUGUUCAGCACAUGUGCUUAAAGAAUUUCUACAUAAGAACGAUCUUCCUCUUGAACACGCAAUUCAUAUCAGGUUAGAUACAAACGAUCCAGAAUUACAUGAGGAAGCAGUAACAAUUCUUAAAGAAAAAUAUAAAGAAUUGACGUUAUCACCAUCAAUAUUAGAAAUGCUAUUUUUAAAAAAUUUAACGGCGUCUUUCGAUCCAAAUCAUGAAGUUUUCGGUCGAAUCAUUGAGCAUGUACUUGUGAAUCGAUCUCUGAAGAACGUAAAAGAAAACACAGAUAUUCUGAUACAAGAAUUGAAAAAGAAUCGACACAUAGCUCACGCUUUAUGCAUAAUUAGAUUAGUGCAGGAUAUACCGCCAUCUUUAUGCACAUUUGAUACUUGUUAUCAAUGUUUAACAAAGAAAUAAUUCCUCAUUCCUCCUCUUAUUAUUUUUUUAUAAAAACUGUGAUGCGUGUUGAAUAAUUUAUGAAAGGAAAUAGUUAACUUCCGCUCGCGUGUAAUUAAUAAACAAUAGGGAUGUGCCGGGACCCGAAUUCUGAGUCGAGUUUGGAAAAAUUCAAACGGAAUUGGGCAGAAAUCCCAAAUUUCUUUACACAAAUGAAUAUUUGAAAAUCUGAAAUUUUCACGUUCUUAUGUAGAAAGAUAUUUCGAGUAUUGGAUAACAUCUGACUUUUUCCGAUAUGUUAUUCCGAAUUGAAUUCCUGGUGCUCGCCCACACCCGUCUAAAGCUUUUAAUUCGAAUAUAUAUCAAAUACUUUAAAAUUAAGAUGUAUAUAUUAUGAAUAUUUGUUAUAAUAUGUUAUUUGUAAAUAUAA